ACCAGGGAUACCCAUUGCUGCUCUAGAAUUCUCUGCUGAGGCCUGGCAGCUCUGCCUGCAGCCACUUAGAACAUCUCGCCCUUCACCAUGGUGUGAACACCAGCACGGAGUCUGCCAAGCUUGGUCCUGGCCUUGCCCUUCAGAAGAAAAGGAAAAAAAAAAAAAAAGGCUCCCAGAAUCCCAAGGAAGAUUUCCACCCACACUGGCACGUCACUAACAAGAGGGCUGCUGGGCUCAGGAGUUGGCACCAGCCCGAUUUUUACCUGCUCGGAACCACGAACUAGCAUCCGGCUCAACUCAACUCAGGCUUACUGGACUCCUCCCCUAGGCGGGGCCUGGUGCUGCACGCUGCAGGCUGUGGUCUCUUCUGGCUGGGGGAGAAAAUCAGCACAACUCCCAGGGUCAGUUCCCAUCAACAGACUUCCCAAACCGGGCCUCAGACGCCAAGUGUGCAGCAUGAGGUCAGGCCGGCCAGGCUGAGCUGAGCCCCAGCGGCAGGCAUGGGACCAGACAACCCCACUGUGGCCUCCUCCUCUCCUGCACCGAGGAAAACCAGGACCAGGGCAGCGUCCCACCACCUUUCUGGACAGAAAGCGCGAAACAAGCAAGUGGCGUUCCUAGAGGCUAGAGGAGACCCGGACAGCACAACUACAGUGCCAAGCCCGCGGGCGGGGUGCCCUCCAUCGUGGAGCCCAGCAUGGCCUCUCUCCAUGACCCUGGCCCUCCCGGGGACAGAGCGCACUGCCUGCUCGUCCACUCUGCUUCAAACAGCUCGGUCCUCAAUCCCACCCAGGAGGACACCCUGGCCCCCCAACCACAGCCAGGCAACAGUGGCCCCGGUGUCCAGGGGGAGCAACAGCCCGGAGAGUCAGAAGCCCAGGAGGAAAUAGCCCCAGGAGACAUUAAAUACCGCCUGGAGCCCCUGGCCAAGGCUCCCCUUCAGACACAGCCCCCCAGCUCCUGCAGCCGGUUCCACAAGCCUCAGGGGUCCCCCUUCAGGACGGCCUAUGGAUUUGAAAGCGGCAAGCCCUGGAAGGCAGAGCCCACGCCUUCCCGUGGGGAGCAGCCCUCCCGCCCAGACGCCAGAGCUGGCAACCAGCAGCCCAGACACAGCAAGGAGCACGGGCCAUGGCCCUCGCUCUUCAAAAGCCCUGCAGGUGACCACAGUAUGACCACUGCUCAUCAGGUUUCCGUCCACAGCCAGCCUCUUGGGCAGUCAGUGCUCCCAGUUCACAUCCAGGGCCAAAAAGUGGCCCCAGCAGCGCGUCCAGGCCACGGGGAAAACGUGAGUCUGCAUCAGAGUGACUUGCAAGCCCCAAGGUGGAGGCAAAUUGUUGCUCCUGACCCGGACAAGAGCACGCGAGGAAUCGAGCCACGGGAACAGCUGCCGAGCUGCAGGGCUGCCGUGCGGGAAGGGGCCCGGGAACAGCCCUGUCUCCUGAGACUAAGCAAAUACAUCCAGUACGCGCGGAGGAACAUGGCUUGUGGCUGGCAGCCCACAGCCCACCUGUACCAGGAGCCGCGACCACCAAGGCUGGAGACGGCCAUGCUGGGUGGGAGUAACACAGCCAGGCUCGCUGUGGACCCAGUGACCAGGGUGUCUCCUCUACCUCCUCCCAGGCACCUGGUAAAGACACUCAAGGGUAAGUGGCCCUCUCACAUCCUCGGGGUCUUCAAAGCCAAGUUCCAAACUGAAACUACCAGCAAGCCAUUCUCCCAGGACUGGGGAGCGCAGCCCCAGGUGCGCUGUGGCCCUCGUGACAGAGGCCAUGAGAACCCCCCGGCACCAGCUGAGGUUGGAGCGACCACCAGGACCGCCUACCUGCCCUUGUUUUCUGAAAGGGUGAAGCUGUGUAAACCCAAGAUCAACAGCGACAAGCUUGAGCCAGGCGAUUUGUCACCUGAGCACAGGCCAGUCCAGCUGCCCGAGAUCCGGUUCCCUAAGUACCUAUGCCUUGAAAACAGAAGAGCAGGGGAAAGGGCCUUCCCAAACAUCCUACGCAGAAGUGCCCAGUUCAGGACACACAUCUCCUGACCGGCGAGCUGCCUGAAGGCCGGGACCCCCCUCUCUCACAGAGACUGCCCAGCGUGCUCUAACCCUCGUCCAGCUCUCUCUGCUGCCAUCCGAGCACAGGGGAGGACCUGCCUUGGAAAGCAGCGAUGCACCAUGGCCCAGAAGGUGUGUGUUUCAGGACCGAGGAGGAAGGAGGUCAGAGCAAGUCCCUCUUCCCCAGGAACCCGUGCGCCCGCCAGUCAGUACCACCGACGAAUUACAUGCUAUUGGAGCCACAGUC